AUGGAGCAACUGAGCCUCAGCGCUAAGAAUGCAGACCCAGAAUUGAUCGCGACCCUACUUGCGGAGGAAGAAAAUGGUACAUUCCAGAACACCGGGCCUCGCAAACAAGCUCGAAAGAAUACAGAGGACCUUCUGGCGGAACUUGAAAAUGAUUUUCUGGCCCCAUCAUCUCAGUUCAGUCCAAAAUGGUUAAACCAGCUACAGAAGCGAUGGGAUGUAUCAACCGACUCUACCGAUCUAUUUGAGAUUGCACACACCCAGACACGAACAGUGACUCGAUUUACGCGAGAAGGACUGGAAGGAAGAGUUACCGGACACCACGAAGUGACAAUUCCAGCUGCAAGCAUUAAUGCCAAAAACUCGACAUCGCUUCUUCGCCGGCCUGCAGGCCGUGCAGAUUUUGUUCGUGGUGCUGCCGGGUUCUUUCCUUUUGCGCCUGGUGGUCUGGAAGGUGUCCAGGCCAUCGCUGAAAUGGAGGCAGACCCCGAGACUGCGGACCAAUCACGAAGUGGUGGAAAGCAAGCGGGCCUGGACCGUAUCAUCAACUUUGGAUCCGAGGGAGGACUUCUCACAAUACCCCCUGGCUUCAGCCGUGGCCUCGAAUUUGCAGAGGCGAAAUCCAAAGAGGCGGCUGAGGAAGAUCAAGAAGUAGAGCAUGCCCUUCUUCAGGAGGAGAGCGAGCUCAAGACCGAGCAACCCGAACAAACACCCGAAUCCAAUCCGCAAACACAGGCCGAGGAAGAUGACGAGGUUAGUGAUGAGGAUGAUGAAGACAUCGAUGCUUUGUUGCCAGUUGAAUUCCCUGCACUCGAACCGCGCAAUCCAUUGCUCGCGGGUAUUCAGCAGCAGAAGGGUAAGGAGUGGGCCCAUGUGGUUGAUGUCAACAAGGAGAUCACCAAUUUCCAUGAUUUGGUUCCGGAUAUGGCCAGAGAAUGGCCCUUUGAACUGGACACCUUCCAAAAGGAAGCUGUUUACCAUCUCGAGAAUGGGGACUCGGUGUUUGUUGCUGCGCAUACGUCGGCAGGCAAGACUGUCGUGGCCGAAUAUGCCAUUGCCUUAGCAUCUAAGCACAUGACGAAAGCCAUCUACACGUCUCCCAUCAAAGCACUGAGCAACCAGAAAUAUCGUGAUUUCCGCAACGAGUUCGACGACGUGGGAAUCCUCACAGGUGAUGUUCAAAUCAACCCCGAGGCCAGCUGUCUGAUUAUGACGACGGAGAUCUUACGAAGUAUGCUAUACCGAGGUGCAGAUCUCAUUCGAGAUGUUGAAUUCGUCAUUUUCGACGAGGUUCACUAUGUCAAUGACCUUGAGAGAGGUGUUGUUUGGGAGGAAGUCAUCAUUAUGCUUCCGGAGCAUGUCACUCUGAUCCUGCUGUCCGCUACUGUGCCCAACACCCAAGAAUUUGCAUCCUGGGUUGGCCGCACGAAGAAGAAGGAUAUCUACGUGAUCUCGACCCUGAAGCGACCUGUACCUUUGGAGCAUUAUCUUUGGGCCGGAAAAGAGAAGUUCAAGAUUGUCGACAAUACCAAGCAUUUCCUCGAGGGUGGAUGGAAGAAAGCGAACGAUAUCAUGUCGGGCAAGGAUGCGAAGUCCAAAAAGGAAGCUGAAGCCGCAGCGCAAGCUCAGUCCCAACGCGGCGGACCUCAAGGACGAGGACGAGGUCAGGACCGAGGCAGAGGCGGUCCCCGCGGCGGUGGACAGCGUGGCGGCGCUCCACAGAGAGGACGAGGAGCUCCUUCCAAUCGCGGCCAAGGAAAUAUUGCUCGCACUGGGCGUGGAGGAGGUCGAACGAGUGCUCAGCAGGAUCAGAAUCUUUGGGUCCAUCUGGUCUCACACCUUCGUAAAGAAGAUCUGCUGCCGGCAUGUAUCUUCGUCUUCUCCAAGAAGCGAUGUGAGCUGAACGCGGAUGCCCUAGCCAGGCAAGACUUCUGCAACGCUUCGGAAAAGAGCCUGAUUCACAUGUUCAUCGAGAAGUCGCUCACCCGACUUAAGCCUGAGGAUAGGGCACUUCCACAAAUUCUUCGGCUCCGUGAACUCCUCAGCAGGGGUAUCGCUGUGCACCAUGGUGGUCUCCUGCCUAUCAUGAAGGAAAUUGUUGAGAUUCUCUUUGCAAAGUCGUUGGUCAAGUGUCUCUUCGCUACCGAGACCUUUGCCAUGGGUCUCAAUCUGCCGACCCGGACGGUUGUGUUCUCCGGGUUCCGCAAGCACGACGGUAAAAGUUUCCGCGAUCUGUUGCCGGGUGAGUACACUCAGAUGGCAGGACGUGCAGGACGACGAGGUCUCGACAAGGUGGGUUAUGUGAUCAUCACAACCUCUGGACGAGACGAGGCCCCACCAGCCGGUGCUCUGAAGAAAAUGAUUCUCGGAGAUCCCACCAAGCUCAGAUCCCAGUUCAGACUCACGUAUAACAUGAUUCUGAACCUUCUGCGAGUGGAAGCUCUGAAGAUUGAGGAGAUGAUCAAGAGAAGUUUCUCGGAGAAUGCCACCCAAGCCCUUCUUCCCGAACAUGAGAAGCAAGUCCAGCUGUCCGAGGCUAGUUUGGCCAAGAUCAAGCGGGAGCCUUGUGAGAUUUGCGAUUUGGAUCUGGCAGCCUGUCACGAAGCUGCUAUGGAGUACGAAAAACUUACAAAUGAGUUGCAUGCGGGUUUACUGUCGUCGCCCGUAGGCAAGCGACUUUUCACCUGCAAGAGGCUGGUAGUGUACCGGAAGGAUGGAUUACGCACAGCCGGGGUCCUCACUAGGGAAGGAGUCUCGAGUGGACCUAUGCCAUGCAUCCAAGUGCUCGAAAUUGGCAGAAUCAGCAACAAGCGUCACCCCAGUGAUAUUCUCCCCUUCCUGCCCAAGUUCAGACCAUUCUUCCAGCAGUUGCCUGAUAAGGCUGCAUCGAUGCACCUCAAAGUGUGCAAGAUCCCGCUGUCGGACCUCGAAUGUGUCACGAACAUGCAAGUCAAAGCCGGAGGGCCAAUCUGGUAUUUGAAUAUUAGGAAAGAGGCCGCCAAGUUCGCCGACAAGGAACUAACCAAGUACCUCUCCUGGACCCACAAUGCGUGGGACGAAAUGGACUGGUCGCGGAUUAAGGAACUACAAGUGCGCGAUAUCCUCGACAAGCGGAACGCCCAGGCAAAGAUUGCCCAGUCAUGCCACUGUUUGCAGUGCCCGAACUUCUUGAAACAUUUCGAGAUGCAACAUGACGAGUGGCAGGUCAAGGAGAACAUCUCACAGUUGAAGCAGCUGAUGUCAGAUCAAAACCUACAAUUGCUGCCAGACUACGAACAGCGCAUCCAGGUUCUGAAAGAGCUAGGUUUCGUUGACGAUCAAGCCCGCGUACAGUUGAAGGGCAAGGUGGCAUGCGAGAUCCACUCCGCCGACGAGCUGGUUCUGACCGAGUUGGUGCUGGAGAACGUCCUCGCCGAAUACGAACCCGAAGAAAUCGUUGCACUUCUUUCUGCAUUUGUCUUCCAGGAGAAGACCGAGAGUGUCCCGACACUCACCCCACGUCUGGAGAAAGGUCAACAGGCCAUUAUCCGAAUCUCGGAGAAGGUCAAUGAAUUCCAGGUCCUGCACCAGGUCAUCCAGUCUAGCGAGGACUCCAAUGACUUUGCCAGUGAGCCCCGGUUCGGUCUGGCAGAGGUGGUUUACGAAUGGGCCAAGGGCAUGUCCUUCAACCGCAUCACCGAUCUUACCGACGUGAUGGAGGGAACUAUUGUUCGGACCAUCUCUCGACUCGACGAGACAUGUCGGGAGGUGAAGAAUGCGGCCAAGCUGGUUGGAGAUCCAACUCUGCAUGCCAAGAUGCAGCAGGCCCAGGAGCUGAUCAAGCGCGACGUAAUUUUUGCAGCAUCAUUGUACAUGUGA